GACAGCCCCCCCUAUACUCAGCUGUCUGCGUAUUACUCGGUACUUGGGUACUUGAGGUGGAAAGGUGUCAGAAUCAUACUGUCUGUAUAUGUAGGCAUCCAACAGAUGCAUUCCUAUUCUUACAAUCCGACGGGAGACGGCUUCAUCAGCUGUGUGUGCUGCACACACUACUGUCCAUGUAGAUACCCAAGUUCAGUACCCCCAGUACAUAUGUCCCACUCACCCAGGCGAUCCCAUUCCCAAUCCCCCAGCGGUCAUGGCAAAGCCAAUCAUGAUAACAGCAACAGCAACAGCAAAUCAUGUUGGAUCGUGACGCACCACCACCAUCCGGCAGCCAUUGUGAUGUGCAGAACAGCCAAAGUUGCGUGCGUGUGCUUCAAUUGCGCCUUGGAGAGCUCCCCGUGUGUGCACUGUGCCCCCCUUUUCCCUCUCCCUUCCCCUCGUCAAGCUUUCUACUAGCGGAGAUGGCGCAUCUGCAACACCCGCUAGUCCGCAACCGCCGCGCCUUCUGGGCCUGUCCUUGACCCUUCUCUCCCGCUAGAGCGCACCCAGAACGGCGGCAGAGCAGACCUUGCACCAUUCCCAAUCCCACCGUCGCUGCUGCAGGGAGAGUAGCUCACAACUUAUUUCUCGCUCAACCCCCGCCAGCCUCACAACACCACCACCACCACUCCUCCUCCUCCUCUCCCUCCCCCACCUCCACUUCCUUACAUCCUCUGCAGUCUCGCUCGCCCGGGUACAUGCUCAAUUACGCUCGCCAGACCCUCAAGAAAGUUCCUAGUUUUCAAGAACUGCUGCAGGGCAAAAUGGGUUCCGCCAAGGAAGAAAUCAAUGUCGAUGUGCUGGUCAUUGGUGCUGGCCCUACGGGUCUCGGUGCUGCCAAACGCUUGAACCAGAUUAACGGCCCCUCGUGGUUGAUUGUCGACUCCAACGAGACCCCCGGUGGCCUUGCCUCCACCGACACCACCCCAGAAGGCUUCCUUUACGACGUUGGUGGCCAUGUCAUCUUCUCCCACUACAAGUACUUCGACGACUGCAUUGACGAGGCUCUUCCCAACGAGGAUGACUGGUACACGCAUCAGCGCAUCUCCUACGUUCGCUGCAAGGGCCUUUGGGUCCCUUACCCUUUCCAGAACAACAUCUCCAUGUUGACAAAGGAGGAUCAGUCCAAGUGCAUGGAUGGCAUGAUUGACGCUGCCCUCGAGGGUCGCGUUGCCAACACCAAACCCCAGGACUUCGAUCAGUACAUUCUACGAACCAUGGGCAGUGGUAUCGCCGAUCUAUUCAUGAGGCCCUACAACUUCAAGGUCUGGGCUGUGCCCACUACCAAGAUGCAAUGUGCAUGGCUUGGCGAGCGUGUCGCUGCUCCUGAUGUCAAGAAGGUCAUGUACAAUGUCAUACACAACAAAGCAGCUGGAAACUGGGGCCCCAACGCUACUUUCCGUUUCCCUGCUCGUGAUGGUACUGGUGGUAUUUGGAUUGCUGUGGCCAAGACGCUUCCCGAGUCCAAGACCCGCUUCGGCGACCAUGCCUCUGUCACCAAGGUGGAUGCAGAUGGCAAGCGUGUCACUCUCAAGGAUGGCACCGUUGUCAACUACCAAAAGCUUGUCAACACCAUGGCCGUGGACUCGUUGGUUCAGCUCAUGGGCGACAAGGAGUUGACCACCCUGAGCAAGGGCCUGUUCUACUCAACCACCCACGUCAUCGGUGUCGGUAUCCGAGGUGAGCGCCCGGAACGCAUCGGAGACAAGUGCUGGCUGUAUUUCCCCGAGGACAACUGCCCCUUCUACCGUGCCACCAUCUUCUCCAACUACUCUCCUUACAACCAGCCUCAAAAGGAUGUCAAGCUUGCUACUCAACAGCUGGCCAACGGCUCCAAGCCCAGCUCGUCUGAGCCUCAAGAGGGCCCUUACUGGUCCAUCAUGUUGGAAGUCUCCGAAUCCAGCAUGAAGCCUGUCGAUGUGAAGAACAUCCUCAAGGACUCUAUCCAAGGUCUCAUCAACACUGAGAUGAUCAAGCCUGAAGAUGAGAUUGUUUCCACUUACCACCGUGCCUUUGACCACGGUUACCCUACCCCUACUCUUGAGCGUGAGGGUGUUCUUACCAAGCUCCUUCCUUCUCUUUUGGACAAGGACAUCUGGUCCCGUGGACGUUUCGGCUCCUGGCGUUACGAGGUCGGUAACCAGGACCACUCGUUCAUGUUGGGCGUUGAGGCUGUGGACAACAUUGUCAACGGUGCCGUUGAGCUCACGCUCAACUACCCCGAUUUCGUCAAUGGCCGUCGCAACGUGGAGCGCCGUCUUGUGGAUGGUGCCCAGGCUUUUUCACAGAUCAGGGCUGUUGAAUAA